AUGCCGGCUACUUCAACAUACAUCAGCCUCGUGGUCAUCUACUCAGUGCAAGCAAUCAUUAUCAUCGCUGGAAACACGUUCACAAUCUUUGUAUUCUGGACUCAGAGAUCCCGCCUAAAAGGGACUUAUUUUCUUUUGAUUAAUCUCGCAGUCGCCGAUUUGCUUGUGGGGAUUACAGAACUUAUGGUCAUAGGAACUUUAAAAUCUCAUGAUCUAGGCAAGGGCAUUUUACUGCUGAACCGAUCAAACUUCUCAGCGGCCUUUACACUUUUCUUUUCGAGUACGUCCGUCUACUUGCUAGCGCUUGUCUCCAUGGAACGUGCUUUCGCCCUCUUACGGCUAAUCCGUCAUCGCAUCAAAAAUCGUCGAGUUUACAUCUAUAGCAUCGUUAUCGUUUGAGCCAUUGCUCUUGUCUUUUUUGGUCUUUAUGUUAUCCCUUUAUUAUCCAGAGGUAAAUGGGUUAUAUGUUUUUGUCACUGGUAGGACAUCGCUUCUUAUUUCCAUCUUGAUAAUUUGUUCAAGUUACCUUAGCAUACGCACUCGAUUGCGCGCACCCUCACCAGUCGUUAUAGACAAUCAUAGGCAUCGAUCAAGGGAGCACAAUUUACGGCUUUCAAAAACACUGUAUAUUGCAAUUGCUUCAUCGCUUGUGUUUUGGAUGCCUGCCUAUCUUGUCUUCUCAACGAAAGGAUUCUGUCCUGGAUGCUUUUCUGCGCCAGUGGUUAUUUGUCUCGUGGAAGCUUUGUAUCUGGCAAAUUCUAUGGUAAAUCCUCUCGUCUACAGUUUCAGAAUGAACAUUUCCAAAGACGCAUUUAACAAAUUCCGGAGAAAAAGACGACAGAACAUAAGACCAAUUCAACAAAAUAAUUUGGGCUUUGAUCUAGAAGGUUCAUUUACUCCAACACUUUCGAUUAAAAUGAUUUGAGCAGCCUAAAAUAGAGUAAUAACGCUGACUGUAUAUUAUAAUUGAUUAAGUAUUAAAAGAGGUGUUGACUUAGUUGACGCGGAGAAAAAGACGACAGAACACAGGACCAGCUCAGCAAAAUAGUCCUUGCAUUUUCCCGGAAGGGGCUUCGCUCCAAUACUUUUGACCUGCCUGAAGUAGAAAAAUAUUGAAAGCUCAGAUUGUAUAGCAUAAUUAAUAAAGAAAAGCUCUAUUUAUGCAGUCAACAACUGUGAAGCGUACACCUUUGAAGGAGUUACGCUAAAUGCACAGAUCUCCUUGUAAAAUGUACCAUUACGUGAGUGAUUUUUGUAAGCUCCACCACCAAUGUGGUUGUAAAAAAAUGACAUUUUAUAUUAUGUUUCGUUCAUUCCUAAAUUAAUCAUCCCGUCGUCACCACUUAAUGGCUUGAUUAACCCAUACAGAUCACAGGCUGUUAGAUUGUGAAUCAUUUGAAAGAGCUGAAAUUGUUGAGGAUACGGUUUCUGACAUUAAACUUGUUAAACUUGAAAACUGCUCCCUUUUUGAAUAGCCUCAAACUCAUUUGACAUAUCUGAUAUUCACUCUUUGACUGUCAUGACGCGAGUUAAAUAUAAUAUCCUAUGCUGCGUUAAAUUUCAGCGCUGUUAAAUUUUGUAAAAGUUUCUUUAAAAAGAAAAUAUUGGUGUAAUAUGCAUUGUUUUUAUUCAUGCAGUGCGUCUUAAAUAUCCGAGAAUAGCUCAUGGUUAUGUCAUCAUUUUAAUGCCCGAAAAGUUCAGUCUUACAUUUUUUCCAAGUCUUAUUAGCAGUAAUCAGAUUACUUAAAAAAGAUCUUUGUGAUAUUUGUCGCAUUUAAAUGAAUAUCAACUUUUACAAAUAUCUAAUAACUUGUAAUAUUUCAGAUAAUAUAUUUAUGCCACUUUUUUCUCAGAAGAGGAUAUGCGAUAAAUUUUCAUUUGCAAUAAGCUCCCGGCUGAUGUCCUCAUAAUCAUUAGCCAAGCACUAAUGACAUGAUAUACAGUUUUUAAACAGUUAGAGAACGGAGAUAAAAACGCUUAAGUGCGUUUAUAGUAACACAGAGAUUCCCAUAAACCUUUACGAAUAUCUCACUAUUUAUCAUUUUAAAAUAUACCACUUGUCAAAACGAAAAUAAAAUAUGAACGGGAAAAGCUACUCCAGCCUGCAUGAUUUUCCCUUAUUCGACACCCUCUCAAAGAUUAAAACCAUGGAAAAUUGAAAUUUUUUUUUUCAUCAACACCGAAAAAUUGUAAUUAUUUACCAUUGAUAGGAGAUAAAAUAUAAAUCUUUCCAUGGGUAGAUUUUUAAUGAGCCAAAAAAUAAUCUUACGGCACAGAAAUCGGGUUAAGAUUUUAUUUUAAGUUCAUCGUACUUUAAUUACAUUUCUAAUACGCGUUCUUGAAUCACUCGUCUUUUUUAUAUUACCAAUACUAGAUAACCCCGAUGUCCAAAAAACUGAUAACCGAAUUAUAGUUACAAUCUUUGCAUUCUAGAUGCGAAUAAAUAAUCGUGUUUUAUUGACAUGAGAUGUGGAUGUUGUGAAACCGACUUUGUAUCCUCUCUGUUUCUUUGUGGCCAACUGAGAUUAACAUCAAGUCUCCUCAACUUAUCAAAUAGCAAUUAUUGGAUUCGGCUUUCAUUUAGUGCUAUAAAGAAAUAAAAAGAUUGAGGAGGGGGUUAUCGGCCGUGAUCUUCUAGUCCGACAUCAACUAAACAUGCCAGUUACCUUCAUUUUUGUACAGAUUCCAUCUUCAAUGCCUCACUCCUCUGCAGUCUAAGGUUAUGAAGGGAGAAUAUUCAUUCUAGCAUAGAAUGAAUAAUAAUACUCAUUUAAGCUUACUGAGCUGUACUUACUCGGUGUAUGAACGAAACUUUAUUUAUUUUAAUCAUUUCUACAAAGAAAUUAUUUGCAUGGAGAGAGAGUUUUUCCAGAGCGCAUAAAUAUUAUUUGACAGCGUGGGAGCUGUCCAUGCAGUCAGUCAGUUUAAGUAAAAAAUAAUAAUAAUAAAAAUAAUAAUAAUAAUAAUAAAAACACACACACAUACACUGCAAGCAAAUCAAAUGGUCAACAUGUUUUACUUAAAAAUCAAUUUUUGUAAGCUUAAGAAAUGAAUAUUGAUUUUUUUGACUAAUUAUGUUAUCAACCGCAUUAGCAAAACAUAACAUGUGUGACAUACCUUGUUAUUAAAAACUUGUUACUUAGGGCAUUUGGCAUGGGCUUUGCAAAUAAGUAAUUUUUUAAGGCUGAUAAUUAAUAAAAACGAAAUAUAAAUGUUGCAGUGACAACCACAAUUUGGAUUCCCUGAAAUAACUUAAAUGAGAUGAGUCCUGAUUCAGUUGCCUUCCUGACAAUCACACUUUUCAAAUAACACUAAAUGUUAGAUCAUGUUCUAAUUUUCUCGCUCUUCUCCCUUAAAUUUUAGUUAAAUAUGAACAUUGAAAUUGUCAAUUUUACAAACAACGAAAUGUAUAUAAAAUUAACGCUGAAAGAACAGGAGCAGAAAAUGCAUGUCGAUUAAAUCUAUGCACUAGUAUACACAAAAGGAGUGUUGAGUAAGACACGUUUUUAUUAUAAGAUGCCAACUUCAUUUGUGAAUUUUCUUAUCUGUUGCCUUCUAAUUACUGAACUGUUUUCAUUUUCGUUAAUUAAAAAUGACAGCCCGAAGAAAUCUUUUAUCACACUAGAUGCAAAGCGCGUCUAUUUACACUGCUGCUAAUAAAAUGUCGUAAAAAGCGCUUAGGACAUAAAUGGGCGGACGGACGCCAGUUUAUCUUCAAUAUUAUCAAGACAUAUGUUUUUUUGAUAUAUAGUCAUUUCGUUAACAACUCAGUCAGCUUCAAGCAUCAUGUACCUUGGACUCGUUGAGCUUUACAAAGAUCACCUGUCCUAACUGCCUUCAUGCAGAAAUACAGUAUCUAUAUUUGGUCUACUUAUACAGUAUUAAUACUGAGAAAUAAUAUUAAUAAGAACUAUAUUUUCUUGAGAUCGACCCGGUUUUCAACUGUGCGCGAGUUGUUCCGAAUUAAGAGAACUAGAUAACAAAACGAAGAAAGACAUGCCUUCAUCGACGUCCAUUUUCUUCGUGGUCAUCUUCGCACUGGAGGCAAUCAUGAUCGUUAUUGGUAACACGUUUACUAUUUUCGUAUUCUGGAAUCAAAGAUCCCGCAUAAAUCGGACUUAUUUUCUUCUGAUUAACCUCGCAAUUGCAGAUUUACUUGUAGGAAUUACAGAACUAACAGUCUUGGCAGCUUUCAAAUUUGAGGUCACGCUAGAAAGUGACGGACUAUUGAUGCAAAGACAAUCAAAUCCUUCGGUUGCUUUUCAACUUUUUUUUGCGGGUACGUCAGUGUAUUUUCUCGCUCUUGUCUCCUUGGAACGUGCUUUCUCCGUGUUAUCGCCAAUCCGUCAUCGCUCCAUAAACAGUCGAGUUUACAUCAAGAGCAUCGUUUUUGUGUGGGCAGUUGGCCUUUGUUUCUUUGCUCUAACCGUCAUCGCCAUUCAUUACCCAGAGGUGAAACAGGAAUAUGUUUUUAUAACAAGUAACACAGGUCUUUUUAUUUCCCAACUGAUAAUCUGUAUAAGUUACCUUAAAAUACGCAAUCGGUUGCGCACAUCGCCACCAGGGCUUGAUAUUCAUGGCCAUCAAUUACGGGCACACAAUCUACGGCUUUCUAAAACGCUUUUCAUCACAAUCGCUUCGUCGCUUGUGUUUUGGAUACCUGGUUUUGUAGUUUACUCAACCAGAGAAUUUUGUCCUCAAUGCUUUCCUGUACCAGUACUUAGGUUCGCGAACGCUAUGUAUCUGGCAAAUUCCAUGGUAAAUCCCUUCGUCUACAGUUUCAGGAUGCCAGUAUUUAAAGACGCUUUAAAGAAACUCUGCAGGAAAAGACAACAGAACAUAGGACCAGGGAUAGCAACUCGGCAUGUACACAGCCUUGUAUUUUGA